AUGCAAGGACAAGAGAACAAAGAACCUGACGAUCCAGGGUUUAGCGCCUCCUGUCUGACAACAGCAGAAUUACAGCAGCACUGGAGAGCUGUGAGGCAGGAGAGGAGGACCAUUAAACUCCUGUUUGAGAUCCCUUCCACUCGCAUCAUCCAGAAGCCAGCAAGCAAAUAUGUGUUGUACCAGAUUGUGGUGAUCCAAUCAGGAAGUUACGACCAGAAACGCGUGGCGAUUGAAAGGCGCUACAGCGACUUCUAUCAUCUCCACCAGCGCCUCCUGCAGGAGUUCAGCGAAGAGCUGGAGGAGGUCGUGCUACCGAAGAAGAAACUGGUGGGAAAUUUUACGGAGGAGAGCAUCUCGGAGCGCUGCGUGGCUCUCAGAGACUAUCUCACUCAACUCUACGCCCUUCGCUGCAUACGCCGAUCUCAGUACUUCCUGGAAUUCUUCACCCGCGCGGAGCUGAAGCUCGCCUACGACUUGUUACGCAGCGGGCAGUUUGCCCGCGCCCUUGAGCUGCUCCAGACCACUCUGGUCCUCCAGGAGAAGCUGUCGGGUCAUGACCCCGGUCUGGUGGUACCCACACUAUGUGCCCUGGUGGUGUGCCACCGUGAUCUGGACGAUAUCCGCGCCGCCUUCCAGACGGGCCAGCAGGCCAUGCCCAUUGUGAGACGCUAUGGGCUGAACCGAUACCGAUGCGCAUUGCUAGAGGUGCUGGUGGACCUCGGUUACCGACUGAGCCUCCCAGUGGCCCUGUUACAGGAAGAACUGGCCAGAGUGAGAGAGUCUAAAAAUGGACCAGUGACACAGGUGUCACUGAAACAGCUGGUGGUGGAGGAGUUCACCUGA